AUGGCUGGUUAUCGAAAAUAUUUCUGCAAGUACCCUGGCUGCACCAGUGGAUACGUGCCGAACCCCGUUGAAGGACAUGCCAACAAGCACUUCUUCACGUUCCCUAAAAACCCAAAGCUUCACGAAUUGUGGAGGAAUGCCUGCAAAAUUGAAGGUUCCGUAAGGUCAAAGUUUUGGCGUUUAUGUGAGGAUUAUUUUGAACGCCGCGAUUUUGUGAAUGAGAGGAAGGAUAGAUUAAAUCCAAAUGUAAUUCCCAAGCCCUAUGUUUUGGCUUCACAAGAGAAGUUUGUUGACAUUUCACAAACAAAUCUUUCUGUGGCAGAUGAUAGUUUUGUGGAAAAUUCUUGCAGAAAAGGUUUUAUUUUGUAUUACGUCUGGGGCAGACAGGCAAACUAUGCCAAUACUGACUGA